CCCCGAUUGGCUGUGACGCGUGGCCGGGCGAGGCCCCCGCCGGCCCCACCGCCGCGCCCGGCUCUGGGCGAUCAUUGGGCGGCGUGAUCUCGCCGCGGUUCCGCGGCCCUGCCGCUGCUGCCGCCGCCGCCGCCAGCAGAGCGCACCGGGCGGGCCGGGCGAGUGGCCAUGGCGGGCGCCGAGGACGAGCCAGGCCAGCAGCCGGAGCUCGACGAGGACGAAGCGUCAGCUUGCCGGCGCUGGGGCGCGCAACACGCCGGGGCCCGCGAGCUGGCCGCGCUUUACUCGCCAGGCAAGCGCUUCCAGGAGUGGUGCUGCGUGGUUCUGUGCUUCGGCCUCAUCGCCCACAACUUGGUCCACCUCCUGCUGCUGGCCCACUGGGAGCACACACCCCUUGUCAUGCUGGGCGUGGUUGUAGGGGCUCUCAUCGCUGACUUCCUGUCUGGCCUGGUGCACUGGGGUGCCGACACAUGGGGCUCCGUGGAACUGCCCAUUGUGGGGAAGGCUUUCAUCCGACCAUUCCGGGAGCACCACAUCGACCCGACAGCCAUCACACGGCACGACUUCAUUGAGACCAAUGGGGACAACUGCCUGGUGACGCUGCUGCCACUGCUAAACAUGGCCUACAAGUUCCGCACCCAGAGCCUUGAAGCCCUGGAGCAGCUGUACCCCUGGGAGUGCUUCAUCUUCUGCCUGAUCAUCUUUAUCACCUUCACCAACCAGAUCCACAAGUGGUCGCACACGUACUUCGGGCUGCCACUGUGGGUCACCCUCCUGCAGGACUGGCACGUCAUCCUGCCACGGAAACACCACCGCAUCCACCACGUCUCGCCCCACGAGACCUACUUCUGCAUCACCACAGGUUGGCUCAACUACCCGCUGGAGAAGAUCGGCUUCUGGCGACGCCUGGAGGACAUCAUCCAGGGCCUGACGGGCGAGAAGCCUCGGGCGGAUGACAUGAAAUGGGCUCAGAAGAUCAAGUAACUCUUUGGGCCUGCCACCUCGUUGCCAACCUUCCCCAGCCCCUCAAACCGAAGCCAUCUGCCAAACUCCAGCCUCCUCGCUGCUGGCCCCUCCGAUGGAGAGGACGCCUCCUGGGCUGGGUCCAGGCGCCCCCAGCCCACCCCCUCGUGACACAGAAUACUUGAGCCACUGAUAUUCACUUCCUUUUUCCGUUCUCUUUCCUCUGCCCCUCCCCAGCCACUGAGCUCUGCCUGCCACGCCUCAGACCUGCAGGAGAUGGAGCUGCCCCUAGCCCCCGGGUGGAGAGGACACUGCUCACCCACCCCUGCAUGCCAGCUGCCCCUCGACCCUCUGGGCAGCCCUUGUGUGUAUGGCUGGCAUUGGGGUCAUCAAGUCCUUUCUGUCCCCAGUGGUCUAGGGAGCCGCUGGCCCACCUGAGUGUCCAUGGAGCUGGCCCUGUGAACUGCCCCUGGAGCCGGGGUGGGUGAGCAGC